UUCGGUUCAACCAUACUCUAUAAUUACUCAUUAAUUAAUAAAUUAAUUAAACCUCCUCUUCCUCUCUCAAAAAAAAAAAAAUCUGAGGUUAAAAGAACGGUGCUUGAAUCAUCUCACAUCAUCGGGUGAUUCUGAGAUCUCGCUUUCCUCUGAUCAUCGAUCAUCUGAUCUCUUACUUCGUCCCGUAAGCUAGCUAGACGAUGGCCACUGAGACUGGAGAAAUCACCAUCGUAUGCAACCACUGUGACAGAGACAUUCCAGCUCCAAAUAUCGAUCUGCAUCGUGUACAUUGUGCUCGGAAUCUAGAAAAAUGCAAGAUUUGUGGUGAUAUGGUUCCCAAAAAGCAUGCUGAGGAACACUUCUCCAACACACAUGCUCCGGUACCAUGCUUGAUGUGCAAAGAAACCAUAGACCGUGAGGUUUUUAAUAGUCAUACAGAAGAAAUCUGCCCCAAGAGGAUGGUAACGUGUGAGUUCUGCGAGUUUCCAUUGCCUGCACUUGAUCUUCCCGAGCAUCAGGAAGUAUGUGGCAACCGCACGGAACUCUGUUAUCAAUGCAACAGCUAUGUUAGAUUGCGUGAAACAUAUAACCAUGAAACCAAGUGCCCUGGUUCUGUGCUCAACAAUGUUGAAUCAUCCAGAAGGGUCCCAAGAGCAGCAGAGGGAGAUGGAAACGGCAGGAGGAGAAGAGACAAUGGUGUUUCUAACAAAAGGCUGUUCUUCACGAUAGCAAUAACUGGAAUAGCUGUCUUGAUAGGAUCGCUCUUCUUCCAGAGGAAGCCUGAGGGGAGCUAAGCAGAGAGAGAGACGUAACUCGUGUGUUGUUCUGUAAAUCUGCUCAAACUCCCUUCCAGACAGAUUCAAAAGAAGGGGUUUUAUACAUUUUAAAUGCUUACUGAGACAGAGAUGUUCUUCCCUAAAAGAUUGUUUAAGCUGAUCACCAUGAGACUUUCUUUUAUAUUUGGUUUCAAUAAAAGUGUUUUCAGGAAUAAA